UUUGAAAAAAAAAAAAUUCUUGUCAAUUUCAAAAAAAAAAAAUGCCACUUAAAUUAGAUAACCUCGACUUAUCAAAACAUGUUAUAAUCCUUACUGGUGCAACUGAUGGCAUCGGUAAAGAAAUGGCGAGAAUUUUAGCUGGAUUUAAUCCCAAGAGAUUGAUUUUACCAGCUCGUAAUAUAGAGAAAGGAAAUAAUUUAUUAGAAUAUAUUAAAUCUUCUAACGGAAAUGCAAAUAAUGUUGAAAUUUGGGAAAUGGAUUUAGCAGAUUUACAAAGUGUAAAAAAUUUUGCCAACAAGUUCAUCAAUGAAAUUGGAGAAUUACAUAUUUUAAUUAAUAAUGCAGGUGUAGGUGUACAAAGUCGAGUCAUUAAAACGAAAGAUAACUUUGAAUUACAAUUUCAAGUUAAUCAUUUAGCACCAUUUUUACUCAUUUGGUCGUUAUUGGAUACGAUGAAAAGAUCGGUUUCCGCUGAAUUACCUGGAAAAAUUGCAUUUACUACUUCAGUGGCCAAUCAAUUUGGCGAAAUUGAUUUUGAUAAUUUAAACCUUGAAAAAAAUAAUUAUUGGCAUCCUUUUAAAGGUUAUGGAAAUUCUAAAUUGAUGAAUAUUAUUAUUGCCAAACAAUUAGGUCGUAUUGUUCAAAGUGAAAAUAUUACGACAUGUUCAAUUCACCCUGGCGUAAUUCAUACAAAUAUUACUCAAUUGAGUAGCCCUUUUUUUACUUCUUUAUUUAAAAUACUUGUGAAAAUAACUGGAGCUGAGAUAACAGCUGAACAAGGUGCCAUCAACGUUCUUUAUCCUGUAUUUUCUCUCGAGACGGGAAAUUACUAUAAUGAAGGAAUUGAGGAUGAACCAAAUAAAAUCGCUUACGAUCAAGAAAUUGCAAAGAAAUUGUGGGAUGUUUCUGAGCAAAUAUUAAAAGAUCAUGGAAUGAUCUAAAAGUUUAGUUUUCUUAUUAUUUUUUUUUUAUACCAAAUUUUUUUAUGUUAACGUACAAUAUUAAUAUCAUCAUCUUAUCAAUUAUUAUCUUAUCUAUUAUUAUCUUAUCAAUUAUUA